AGGUUAACCUAAAAAAAAUCAAGCCGAACCUCGAACACCCCACCAAUUACGCUACCACCUACCAUCCAAGCUCAGAUCCACCAGAUCCGCAACCCAUUCCAUCUCACCACAACUCGCCCGCAGCCCUCACGGGAAGAGAAUAACAGGCAAUGGCAUCUCCAUGUUUCGCUCGUCUGUCCAGGAGCUCCGUCAUCGGUUCGAGUAUUCAAUCAUUUGCGUCUCCUGUCACAACUACACUACUGCCCCGGGCGUCGUUCGCAGGGCGUGCGAGCGGCAGGUCGGGCUUUCACGCAUCGUCAAGAAAGCUUGGCUUCAAAACAGUUGAACAAGCAAAGUCUCGGUAUCGCAAUGGGGUCAGCUUGUCUUAUCCGAUAUCUUGCUUCUUUACGAAUUUGUUAGCUGAUUCUUUGACUUUUUUUUUGCGGAAUUUCUUAUAGCCGUUUUCAUGGAAAUCUGGGAUUUUAUUUCUUGCUGCUGGUGUCGGGCUGACCAUCUACUUUCGCAAUGAGAAAGCUCGGAUGGAAAGAAAGAGGGUUGCUGAAAUGUCGAAGGGUGUUGGAAAGCCGAAGGUUGGUGGUCCGUUAAAUUUGCUCGACCACAAUGGCAAGGAGAGGAAGGACGAGGAGUGGAGGGGUAAACAUAUGUUGGUAAGUGGGACGGAUGGAUGGGAAGAAGGGGUUUUCCCUCUUAACCUUCCAGGUCAUUAGCUUUGAUGUUGAAACUGGAGUUUGCAGGUCUACUUUGGGUUCACUCACUGCCCGGAUAUAUGCCCGGAGGAGCUCGACAAAAUGGCAUCAAUGAUUGACCGUAAGUAGUUUCACUCACCCUUCCCGAGGAUCCCUUCCUUCGAGAGUCAAUGCUUUUAUUCGUUUCAGCGAUCUGCUAUCCCGUGCCUAUUAAAUCAGAUCUGCGGGAUAUAUACUCUAGUAUUAUUUCUAUUUACAAAAACCCGCACCCGUGUCUUAGCUGUGCUCUAGUAACACCCAUAUUUAUGCACGGCCCUAUGAGCGAUGCACAUAGCGUGACACCGCCUUUGAGAUAUUCUGAUUAAUUUGGCCCUAAAGCCCACCGCCCCCCUUGUAGCAUGCUUUCUCUUUUGAUGCGAAACCUGCUAAUGUUGUUUGGGACAGUGGUUAAGAAAGAGCAUGGUGAUGUAAUGAGUCCUUUAUUCAUUACUUGCGAUCCGGCGAGAGAUGCGCCUCCAGUGGUUAGUACUCCGGUUGCCUCCAACUACUGCUCGCUAGUCUAGUAAACCGGGAGCGCCAUAAUCGGCACUGGAUACCGGCCUAGCGUAGCAUUCUCCUGGCGGUGUAGCUGAUCGGUGUUACAGAUUAAAGAGUACUUGGCAGAGUUUCACCCGGACCUUAUCGGUUUGACAGGUACGUGCUUCCAUCUGCGAGCCAUGUAGAAGCCAUUGGUUUCCGUUGGAUGGGCCGGAUCCCCGGCUUCAUCCCAACUCCCUUUGAGACCCUGUCCCUCCCCCGCUGCUUUAUCAUCUGCCUGGGAUCCGAGAGCUCUAGCAUAUUACCAGGCUUUGUGUGUGUUGGGUAGCUGGGAGAGUUUGGCCCAUUGAAAGUAAGUCACCUAGAAUACCCUACUAAGAGAGAUCCCAACCGCCACAGGUACCUACGAUCAAAUCAAGCAAACAUGUAAGUCCUAUCGUGUUUAUUUCUCGACCCCACCGGAAAUCAAGCCAGGGCAGGAUUACUUGGUAGAUCACUCGAUCUACUUCUAUCUCAUGGGUACGUCUUUUCAAGUUUAUCAUCCCCUUCACCCCGCCACGGCGCACAAACCCCCACCGGGAUGAUAAGCAUCAUCCCCCAAAUGUCUCUCAAUUAUAGUGCUUGGAAAACCGCUCUACGGUGGCACUUCUGCUUGCAUCUGGUUAACCCCUUACCAAAUCGCUAUGCAUGCAUAUUAUGGCUUCAUGCUUUCAAGUGUCUGUAGCCUCGACCUAUUUUACUCCGGAGCUUAUCCACGCCUUUCCACAAAGGGGCCAGGCUCCGAUGCAAGUUUCUUCCUAACUUCCUCCAAGUUGCCAACCACCCAGCACUCGUUUUUCUCCCGUUAUCAAGUCCUUAUCUAUUGGCAAUUCGCAGGAAGCCCGCGUGGCUACUAGCUUCUUCCUUGGUAAAUCUAUGUAGCAAGCUCAUGCGCUAACAAUACUACCAUAUGCCCAACUCCCCGAGAGGGGUGGUGGGGAUAUUUUCCCCGUGGGGCAUCUAGAUCCUGAGGGAGAUUUCGUUGAAGCUCUUGGAAGACAACACACUCCAGAACAAGCUGCAAAGAUAAUCGGUGAUCACAUCAAGGAUUGGAGAGUGGCCGCGAAGAAAGCAUAAGCAAUGGAUGGGUAGGCUAUCGGCCCCUAAGGAAUGUCGGCAAAUCUACUACCCUUCUACAAGAGCCGAUAAGAGGGGGAAGGUGUGAAUGCGUUGCGGCGUGUUGUACAGAACUACUUAUCGUAGAGGGUUUUUAUAUUUCGGUGCCGUACUUUGCUUGGCAAGUUUAUCUCCUGAUAAAAAGCAAUUAUAGUAGAAUUCAAGGUUAGAGAAUACCGGUGCUAUGGAAUAGUACGGUACAAGUCG